AUGGCUGGUUUAACGGAAGAGCGUGUGCGCGUGGUGGCGAUCAUUCAAGCGCUCAAAGCUGUCGGAAUUCGCGUUAAAAAUUGGAAGAAUUUUCUGAAUGGAAAUUCAAACUGUGAUCAAAAUCUGUGUCAGGAGAACGCGUCACAACGCUUUGCUUUUGGACGUGACCUGCACUUGCUCCCUCAGCAUGACCUGCCUGACAAUGGCGGUACAGUACCACAGUUCUUGGUCGAGGCCUGUGUGUUUUUGUCACAGCAUCUCAAUACAGAGGGUCUUUUUAGGAAGACUGGAUCCCUGAGUCGGAUCAGAGCUCUGAGGGCAGAUCUGGAGCAGGGAAAGCCAGUUUUCCUACCUCCGCAUUCAUCCCUCCUGCAGCCCAGUGAUGUUGCCUCUCUCAUCAAGCAGUUCCUGCGUGAGCUGUCGUCGCCCCUCAUCCCUACAGACCUCCAGAUACCCCUGAUUCAGGCACAGGGGCUUGAGAUGACACAUGACCAGGAGGGGACCAGAAACAGAACAACUCUUCUCAUAACAGCUUUGUUUCCUUCAUCCAACGCUUGUGCUCUUCGAUAUCUCUGCACUUUUCUGCGUGAAGUUGCAGACAGAUGCAGCGAGAACAGAAUGGAUGCAAGCAGCCUGGCUGUUGUUAUUGCUCCUAACCUGCUUCAGUGUCCAACACAACCCAACAAACUCACUCUGGACACUGAGAAGCAUUUAGACCAGCAGACAUCAGUGAUCAAAUCACUCAUUCUUAAUGCAGACCGCAUUGGUGCUGUUCCAUCAUGUCUGCUGGAGCCAUCAAAAUCAACAGGGGGAACUGGGACACCGUCUCCUGCAGGUGGCACUAUGUUUAGUAAGAGGACUGGACUCAGUGUUUACAGAAGUCUGAGAAGACAACGAAGGCGAAGUGUUGGGGAAAUAUUUGUAGAUGCUUUUUCCAAACUGAAGCCAUGUCGUACUCCAACUGAACCAGCUAUUGUCUUAGGUGUCACAUCAGAGACUCCUCUUUCAAAAAGCCCCACUCCUCAAUCACCAGUUACUGUCAAACGUAAAGCCGCUGACGAAUCUCUUCCUGAGCUUGAAGGAUCUGCAAGGAAAAGGCGGUCUCUGCAUGACCUAAGAGAGGACACACCGACAACCAUCACCCAAGAGUCUGUAGACAGCCGCAGUCCCCUUGGGGAAAAAUGUAGUAAUGAAGAUCCCACUCCCACCACAACCAAAAAGAGAAGCCACACCAGGGAACAGAGGAAAUCACUUAGGCCUCCAGGACAAGAAGAAAAGGUGAAUCGGAGGAGGAGGUCUCUUAGAUUUUUCACUGUGUCCAGUGGCAGCAACAGUAACAAUCUUUCAGUUUCACCAGCAGACAAAGUCCCUGAAAACGGUUUAGAAGAACAGCCUGACACUAAAAGUGGUGCACCAUUUACAAAUGCUGGUGUAUCUGCAAAUAUACCGUUUAUCCUCAUUGAUGGACCAGAUGGAGUUGUUGUUGGGAGUGAGAUGGAUGAUGACCCGGAUCUUCUCAACUGCAGUUUUGCUGAAAGCCCUAAUGACUGUCCAAACCCGAGAUCUGAGGUGUCUUGUAUUCAAGGGCAAGACAGUGAGGUACCCUGUGAUGAUGAAUGCUGGACCGUACUUGAAAGUGAGAAAUUUGAACCAUUGGCAGAAUGUGGCCUAAUGCAACCCAUCACUCAACACGAAGGCUCUCAAAUGAAUGCAGGCACAGAAGUAAAUAAUGAGCCAGAAGUGAAGCAGCUGGAAGAGCAACCACGCAAAGAGUCUAAAAAGGUUAAGAACAGCUUUAAGAACCGAUCUCGUCCUCGUAGAUCCAUAAGCCUGCCUGAGGUGACGCUGGAGUCAUGUACUCAUGCAUUGGCUGAUUUAGAAAAGGAAGUGGUUGGAGCUGAAAGUGAGAUGGAUAACAGCGUCUGGCCAAUGUUCGCAAGUCUGACUCUUUCAAAUGAACAUGACAAUGUUACAACGGACAAGAAAGUGGGUAGCAAAGAAGCACAAGAGACAAAAGGAAGUGUUAAAACACUGAAAAACUAUAAACAAGACAAGAUGGCAGAUUCAACUCUUGGUUUUAAAAGACCCCAUCAGCGCUUGUCCAUGGCUGAGCGACUUCGAGGUUUUAGUGCUUUGACCUUGCUACUCCGAACCUCCCGUGCAGCACCUCAGUUUCGGGACAAACCACAGGAAUCCCUUCAAAAAGCAGCAGCACGACUUAAGAGGCAAGGUGCUCGAAGGUUCGGACGCUCCAUCAGUCAUGAUGGGGUACCAGAGAGAGAAGCAGAGCAGGAUCCAGUGGGAUCUCCACCGGCAAAUCAAGCUUACGUCGGUUUAUGCGAUGCUAGCCCGGAUUCUGGAGUGGAAUCAGUUGAUCAUGAGCCAAUCAAUGAUUUAAUUAAUCUGGAUAUAUGUAAAGGGCCACAAAACUCCCCUAAAGCUCAAUUGACAAAUGAAGACAUUGAUUUUCCGAUUUCAUUGGGAAACCCAAACCAAGAUCUGAUUUUGUCUGCGUCUGACAAAACUGAAUGCGAGUUUCAGUGCAAGAAAACCGACCAAGAUGUUGAGGAGCUUGAUCUUCAUAAACUAUUGGAUCAGAAGUGCCAGAUUGGUGGUCAGGAGGUAAAUGAUUGUCAAGAUUUAGAUGUUCCUACAGAAGUUCUUACACCAGAUAUUGCAUCUCCAAUGUUCUUUCAGCAGAUGGUGCCAUUGAAUCUCUUUGGAGAUACAAGAUCAGUGGAAGACUUAAGAAAAGAUCAGAUCUCUCCUCUGUAUGAAAAUGACAAAGAAAGCCCCUCGUGGCUGAACACCACUCCUCCAUUUGAUUUCCAACCAUUUGUUUCUUUGGCACGAGAUGGUGUGAUUUCUGAAGAUGACAGAAGUAACCGAUUGCCUUGUGAUCUUUCCCCUCCAGCCUUCAAGUUCAAGCGUUCGAUCACUAGAAGGCGCUAUAGAGACUCUCCGCGUUGGCCAUCGCAUGAGGUGCGCAUGUCUGCUUGGAACCCCUUACCUCUUUAAAUUCAGUUCUUUCAUUUUUAUGGUUAAAUUUCAGUUCCCAACAUCUGAGAUCUGGAUUUAUUUGAAUGUAUUUAAUUGUUAUUUAUGGAACAGUGCUUUUAUUUGUGUUUUAC